AUGACAGUCGACCAUGACAUCAAAGUGCUUACCGAGAGAGGUGACGACCUCGUGGGCAAGGCGCGUUAUCAAGAUGCAGUGAAGCCUUUCGAUAAAGCGACAAAGCUGCUCGAAGAGCGUCGCGGAAAGUUGGAUGAAUCCACGCUGAACUCGCGGGAGCGAUUGGCUGACACUCUCAUGAGCGCGGGCGACAUUGUGGGAGCCACAAACUGUCAUCUGGAAAUUGUGAAGAGAACUUUAGAGAAUCUCCAGCGAUACCAAAGCUUGAGUGGAUCGAAAAACAGCGUCAUCUCGGCUGCACAAAAGCGACAUCUCGAUGCUCAGCGGCGAUUAGCAGACACUUACUUGGCCAAUAACGAUUAUGGCAAAGCAAUCAGCACAUACCAAGCCAUUGUGGACACUGAGGCCAGAAAACCCAUGGAGGAUGUUAUCAAAGAUCGUGUCGACCUCACUUCAGCUUUGUUCCGAUCGGGCUCGGACCGCAACAUUAUGAAGGCAGUCAAUGUGAACAUUGAGACCCUGGACAGAGCAGAGCAGAGCUUAGGAAGAAACCACAUCGAGACAGUGAAAGUCAGAUUCAACCUCGCAAAAGAACUCUUCAACCUGGGGAAAUACAACGAUGCCUCGACGCGGUGUCUCGAGCUGCUAGACAUACUCCAGGCAGGUCGAUACAAAGGCGGAGAGGAAUCUGACCACCUGGAGUGCUUCAAAGACACCAAAAAAUUGCUAAAAAACUGCUCAGCUAAGAUUCUUUUGCAGGAAGAGGAUAGUAAGAGGCGGAUCGCACAAGAAAAGGAGACAGCGAUGGAAAAAGAAAAGGCCAAUGCCGAAAGACGAGCGACCGAAGCUAAGAGACGAGCAGCAGAACAGGUGAAUAAGGGAAGAGAAACAAAAAGACAAGUCGAUAAAGAGAUUGAAGCCAUAAAGAAGGCAACUCAAACUGAGUGGAAGGAGAAAGGAAGGACAGACCCAAAACAUCGAAACCAAGACCCACCAGCGACGCAGAAGGAAAGCCAGGCUCGGAACUUCGGUGAUGCCGCGAGAACCACCCGUGAACGUCCUAGCUCUAGUGGCCAAGAGGCCAAGGACGAAAGCAAUAGCCGAAGGCAGUCAGAUGUCAGGAAGAAAGUUUCGAGCCAGAUAAAUCCCUCAAGUCCAAGUCCAAAAUCCGACAAGCGGGCUCCCAAUACGCCACAAAGUCCGAAAAGAUCCUUGCCGAAGGUGGAAUCUGUCUCUGACCGCCCGCGUGCGAAAGAUACAUCGAAGGACGAUUCUGCUCGAUCAACAAGGAAUGAGCAAGCGAAACACCAAUCCUCUGCUUCUACCGUCUCGCAGUCUCCAAGCCUUACUAAAGAGAAACUCAGAGAGCUCGACAGAAAAUACUCUACAUCAGGUCCUCUGGGUAGUAAGGAUCUAUCGAAGGAUUCACUAGCAAUCGAGUCGAAUGCUGAUCCACCGAAGCGUCCGCGUUCUGCCUCUGCUGUCAUCCGUGGUUCAGAUCGUACUGAAGAAAGAUCUGAGCAGUCCAACAGAAGAAAGUCUAGUCGGAACGAACUGAUCGAUCGCAGUCAAAGCGCUACUCCAGAUAAAGGGCGACGAUCAUCUUCUACCGUCAGUCGUUCUCCAGAUCUUAUUAGAAAGAAACCUUCAGAGCUAGAGAGAGUAAGUCCUACGAAAAAUGAAAAGGCGCGCACAAAGACUCAGGACCAGAAAUUGCAAGAGAAGGCUGAAGCGAGGAAGGCGCAGCCAGCACCAGAGUCAGGGGUUACACGAGAAGUCGGCAUACCAGACCCAAAACAUGAACAAGUGGAUUCCAAACGGAACAAAGUUAGCGACAACUCGAAAUCAGUGCAGGAAUCGCAAACGCCGGAUAGGUCAGCGGGAGCUAACAGACAGGCUUCAGCGGGUGAACAAUACAGGGAAUCGAACUGGUUAGAGACACCCGUGGGAGGGAGCAAACGCCGUUCAGAACAACUUCCAUCCGUCUCAGAACCAAGCGAAAGGCAUGAUUCCGAAGGAAAGGUCCAUUCGAAUCGCACGCAUCCAGGCGAUGAGAGGAUGUCGCGAACGGUUUCGGCACCGUCAAUAACGAUAACAGAGCAUUCAUCUUCGAGAUACGCCGUGAAACGAAAGGAUAACCAAGAGCCACCUAUAGUCGACGUAGAAUCUCGAGUCAAAAUUGAAGGAGAAAGACCCACGAGCUCACACUCAAACUAUGAGGUAGCUUCUUUGACUUCGAAUACCGGAAGAAAGCGAGAGCCCCGUUCUGCGUCGACUGACUCGAGGCGGAUUCGUCGAUCAUCCGAAACGCCAAAAGACACUGAUCGAGCAUCAGCGCAGAUACUGGGCUCCAAAGAUAGCGUAAGCAAUGUAGACCAAGCGGAAGAUUCCAAGACACCAGACCAAGUCCAGCAGGCAGUGGAUCAGUCUAGUCGCACAUGCGCUCCAUCUCUAAACGUGAGCACUGAUGAUACUUCAAAAAAUGCGCGAAAACCACCUUCUUCGUACAAAGAUCUAUUCUUUCCGACUCUUGAGGGGAUACAAAAAGCGAUACCUGAAUCUCCAAAGGAUCUUGUGUCCGCUUCUCCGAAAAGCGAUAGAGCACAACCGGAGAACGCAUUUGGUGGGGAGCCACAGAACGAUGACAAUACAUCUGUCAGUAAAACCGCUCGGGAUAAGCAGCUUCAGUCAGAGAUCCCAUCAAAACCGCUUCCCAUAUUUCAGACAGAUACAUCAGUUACCGGAGCCGCAGAGUGGACUGUUCCAGGGGGCUGGCAUCGGGAUUUCGACGAACCGGACCCAGAUAAGAAGGCGAGGAGAGCCCGAUCGAACGAACGAAUCAAGUCAGAUAAAUUGCGGGUGUCACAAGCACACAACGUGAGCCAUAGAAGGACUUCUUCCGUAGAUCUUCCACGACAGAGCGUACCGACACGAGAUGAAACAUCUAUGCAGGACGAUAGAUCUCCAGCUGAGGUUGGUGUCGAUGAAUGGUUUGAGAAUCUCCGUGAAAAUGCCCACGUAUUUCUGGAUAAGUAUCAGGAUGACUCCUACAAGGAGACCAAAACAGAGCGACGUGUAAAGAUUGCCGUGAUCGAUAGCGGUGUAGCUAGAAAAUUGACGAAAGGUCGGGUACCAGGGUUAUUGAAAGGGCCAAAGAUCAAGCGUGGAACGGAGCUGCAUCCUUCUUUGCCAUGGGAUACCGAUACUAAAGGACAUGGGACACAUGCCGCAGGUCUGAUCUUAGACGUCUGUCCCUACGCGCAUGUGUACGUGUAUCGAGUUUGCGAGGGCAACGAACCAAUCGAGAAGCAACACGUAGCGGACGCAAUUACGGAUGCCGUCAAAAAGAAAGUCGACAUCAUCAGCAUGAGUCUCGGUUGGCAGCUCAAUGAUAACGAUGCACUCGAUGCAGCAAUCCAGCGUGCUCGGGAGCAGAAGGUGUUGCUUUUCGCAGCAAGUUCAAAUGAAGGCAUUUGGGCAAAGACUGGUAUGGCGUACCCGGCUCGUGCAAUGGAAGUCAUCGCUGUUGAUUCAGCCAACGCUGAGGGAAGACCGAGCAACUUCAAUCCGUUCGGCAUAGGCGGCAGAUCCAGAUUCACGGUGCCUGGCGAAAGGAUAAGAUCAACAUGGCCUGUGGAUCUUCCUACUGAAGAGCGAGACCCUGGAUUCAAGAGAUUGACAGGGACUUCCUGCGCAACCCCGAUUGCAGCGGGCAUUGCAGGCUUGCUCCUAGAGUUUUCACGUCAACGUCCCAUGUGUUUCGAUCCUCGGAUCGAGAGAUGGCUGAAGAGAGUUGAAGACAUGCGAUUGGUGUUAGAGAAACUCCUCUCGAGACCAAGCGGCAAAGACUCACUUGGUAACAUGCACCUCAACCUUAACCCAACCAAGCUAUUUUGCCGGGACUCUGAAUUCCCAGAAGGCGGUGACUGGGCUGAAAGUCGAUCUCCGAGGCUGCAGGCAGCUUACAGCAUUGCCAAGAUACUGAAUCAAGAGCAUGGGGGUGGAAUAGGUUCCGAGAUGAGUAAGGAAGUUGAUAAAGAGGUGGUCAGAAGAUACCAAUGA